AUGUACUCUAGGGACGACUUUGAAGAUAUGACAAACAACAUUUAUGAUGAAUUCUUUGGAUGUGAUACGAGGAAGAGAAAGAUUGAGGUUUUUGAAGAAGAAGAAAAACAUGAAAGGACUCCCAAACCGCCGACCAAGAAGAGUAGACAUAUUAGUCCCAAGGUCCCUGAAGUUAGUGGUGAAACUAGCCAAGAAAGCUCCUCUCAUUCAAUCCCUUCUGCGACGACUCCUAUUCCAACUGUGUCUACAUCUUGUGCACCAAAUCGAGUGUCUCAAGACUUAACUGCCAAACUUGAUGUGCUGACAAAUGUUGUGAAUGAGAUUAAAAAGGAUGUGAAUGAGAUUAAAAGUGAAAUCAAGCUCAUGAAGGACAAUCAACAACUUAUAAUCACAUUAUUGGGGCAAAGAAAUGAACAAAAGAAUGGUGGAGGAGAAGAAAAAGAAGAGGCAGGUACUGCUGCAAUUGAUACUGAGAAGAGGACGACAAAGAGGAAGAAUAAUAAUCUUACACUUGUUGAGAAUAGAACGAAGAGGAAGAAUGAUGAUGUUGAUAAUGAGAAUAGGACGAAGAGGAAGAAUGAUGAGUUGAUGAACUCUAAGAGGAAGAAUGACGAUAAGAUGAAGAAGACUGAGGAUGAUGAUGAGAUUACAAGAAAGAGGAAUGAGAGGAAGGAGAGGCGAGAGAGGGUGGCAAUUUUGUCAAAGAAGAAGAUUGAUGAUGAGUUGGCCAAGAAGAGGAAUGCUGAGAAGUUGGCCAGGAAGAGGAAGGCUGAGAAGAGGAAAUCGAAAAAGAACGAUGAGGAGGAGGAGGACGAGUAUGAGGAGACUGAGGAGGAGGAGACUUUGGAGAAGGACGAGGAGACUGAGGAGGAGGACGAGGAGACUGAGGAGGAGGACGAGGAGACUGAGGAGAAUGACGAGAAUGACGAGAAGACUGAGGAGAAUGACAAGAAUGAUGAUUCGCCCCCCACGCCAAAAACCUCUCGCAAAUUGGUUUUUGAUGACCCAGAGGAGAAGAAUGAUGAUGUGCAUGAGAACAAGGAGAAUAAGGAGGUGGAGGAGAAUAAGGAGGAGGGGGAGAAUAAGGAGGUAGAGGAGAAUAAGGAGGAGGAGGUGGAGGUAGAGGGGAAUAAAGAGGUGGAGGAGAACAAGGAGGAGGGGGAGAAUAAGGAGGUAGAGAAGAAUAAGGAGGUGGAGGAGAAUAAGGAGGUGGAGGAGAACAAGGACAAGGAGAAGGAGGUGGAGGUGGAGAAGGAGAAGGAGAAGGAGGUGGAGAAGGAAGCUGAGAAGAAUGACAAGGAAGAAGAUUUGCCCCAUGUUCCAAAGGAGAAGAAAGAGGAGGUGGAAAAAGAGAUUGUGAAGGAGGAGAUAGAUGAAAUCUGUCAUCUACUGAAACGAAGGGUUGAGGAGUUCCCUAAGACAUAUCCAAGAAAUUUCUCAAUUGUUGACUCCAAUUUAUCUCAGAAGAUGAAUAAUCGCUAUGAUGUGUUUACCCCGAAUCCUGCAGGCUACGAAUUCGACGAUCUCAUGGAAUACGUAGUUGGUGAAUGA